UAUUGCACCACAUACUCUUGCAUUGCACCACGGGAAGGUCUUUUCAGCAUGGCCGACGAACUGUAGGAGCGAAAAUUGCAAGUCGACAGAAAGAGACAUCGAUAUUUUACGACUUACUUUAUCGCAGUAAAGUUCCUGUGAUAUAUAUAACUACAUACAGCCAUGGUGAGUACUAGAAAGUUGUAGAGUGUAGAUUUCCUGCGUGCAAUUCUCAGUAUAGUCAAUACAUGUACACUGUAGAAGCUUGCUUUUUCGAAAACUAAUUCUUCUCAUGAUCACUUCAGCAAACUAAGCUUAUUUUGGAUGUGCUAAAGAAAAUUUGCUAACAUUAUGAUUGAUCUUGAUUUUGUUCAGCCUCAGAACGAAUAUGUAGAACAGUCACGUAAACGUCGUGGAUACAGACUCGAUCAUUUCGAAAAAAAGUGAGUUGAUAAUUAAUUUCUAUUUUUAUUUCUCUCGACUGUUGCGAAUUUAUGAUCAUACAAUGGUCCUACUCGCAGUCAGUGGUUUUGCCGUUAAAUUCUUGCGUUUAAUAACCUUAAUGGAUCUUGUAAUCAAAGGCUCACAUAUAAUCGAGGAUGGAGAAGAUUUUUAUGUGAAAUCAUCCUUUCAAUAUGAAUUUAGCCAAGUUUAUCUAGCCAGAAACCUGUAAACAACAGAACUACGUUGUAUUUCAACAUGUUUUAUUUUGCUCCACAAACUGCUUUUAAAAUUUAUUGUAAGUAACAGCACAGUACAGUUAAAAUCCUCCAGACCUUAUACCUGUUACCAUGGAGUUGCACUGGCGACUACAUGGUCGACAAGCGCAGCAAAACCACUCUUAUCUUGUGUAGACCUCUUUGCUUGUUCAGUGGAGACAUUAAUUUGAAUGAUUUAGCAAUAUUUGUCCAAGGGUCCCGUUUGUAUGGAUCAUGCCCAGACUUCAGACACAUCACCUUGUUUGUCAGCGUAGUGUUUGGACAGCAGUAAACAUGACCAGUAUAUUUUAAACAUUGGCUCCUGAUCACAUUCUGAGACUUUUGUGUUUUGUUAUCAGUAGAAUGUCUGUUGGUGGAUCGGAGUCUGAGUACAUUUUCAUCUUGGUAACAGACUAAAUGUUUGUUUUCAGGCGUAAAAAGGAAAGCCGUGAGCCACAUACUCAUGCCAAGUAUGCCCACAAACUCCAUGGCCUCAGGUAUGUUGUAGUGAAUUAGGUUUGUUUUCCUUAUAGUCAAUUCACCCAACAGUAUUCUGCCCGAACUUAAGAUGAUUAGCUUGGAGACAUACAACACUCUACAACACACAGGAAAGUUGACUGAACCACACCAUUCACUUGAUCAAGAUCAUGAUGGGAGCAGUGAGAAAAAUUAGUUCAAGGUGGAAUUCUGAAAUUACUGCCACCAAAGAAGAGAUAAAUCAUUAUCAUACAGUGUACACUACCAAGCCUAAUAGCAAAUUAAAAUAAAAUAUAAACCAUAACAGAUUUCUGGAUGCAUCCCCUUCCCCCUCUGGUAUAUUAUAUCCUUGGGGUGGGUUGUUUUCUUCAAAUCACUGGUCACAUACUUUUCCCAGUCUGGCUUUCACGAAUCACGCACAUAUAUUUGACGUUCCCAAGGUUGUCCCAAAGAUUAUUCAAUUUGCCAAGUAAAUACAACAAGAGGGUGGGUAAUCAAACAGCUAGGGGUGUCUUUUGGUUCUACUUUUCUUCUACUUUGCAAUAAAAGUAGCCAGGGGCCACACUCAUAUUAGCCAUAGGAAAUCCCUGGCCCCUGGCUCUUAAUGACAGCCCUGCGUUUCUAAUCUCACGAAAUGAACUGUUAUGGAUUAAUCAGUUUGCAUUAUGUACAGUCACUUCCAAUACAUGUCUUCUGUAGUUUAGAUACAUGAAGAACAGGGAGAAAAGUGUACAGCUAAGCCCAGCUACCUUAUUUUCAGAAAGUAGUGAUUUGAUAGCCUUUUUAACCUCCUUAUUUAUGUAGUAUUUAAUGGAAGUUGACUUGUUUAUAUUAUUUUCUGUACAGGGCAAAACUUUACAACAGAAAGCGCCGUCUAGAGAAAAUACAGAUGAAAAAGACGUAAGUUGUCCAGUUUAACAAGCGCAAUCUUUAUUUACCCAGUUAAGUCUGAAUUAAUUUUAAUUGACUAUUUAUUUAUUACUUUAAGUUUACAAUCCAAGAGAUCAGAGCUUGCAUGUACUACAGGUACAUGUAAACCAUAGUACAGUCAAACCCUGUUAAUAUGGAUAUUUUACAGAGCAAAUUUGAUCUCAGGUUAAUUUUGAUUAAACCGAGGUUGAUUCACAAUAAUAUUUCCUUUGUCUCCUUGCCCUACAUGUAGAAAACAAAGGAAAUUAACCCAUUCGCUCCUAGAGAUUUUGCCGAAAAACGCGUUUUGAAGCUAGUCGAGUGGUUUUCUGGUCACUGUCGUGCUAUAAAGAGCUAAAACUUACCACAAACCGAUUUACAGGUCGUACACUUGGCGGCCUUCUGAUCCAGAUGCAAAAUAUCAGCUUGCGAAGUUCGGGCAUGCGCAGAAAGCAAAAUUUCGAGAUAGUUUUUGGGUUUAAAAGUGACACAGCAGUCUUGACUUUUACUUUUCACUUUCUCUCCUCCCUUCUUUUUUUGCUUUUCUUGCCUCAUUUUUUUUUUCUCUUGCUGGGCAUUUAGUAGGCUUCAUUUUGGUGGGAAGAGUUUUUAGGAAAGCUUUUAGGAUCUUAGGAUUAGGUGAAAGGAAAGGUAGGUGGGUAAUGGAACAAGAUUUUCAUGGAGAUUUUCAGGUCCUUGUCACGUGUUUUUUUGCUUGUUUCUCCGGUGUCCUUGACUAAAUUGUGCUCAUUCUGGUAUGGUUUGAAAGAUCUCUUCACUCUGCACAAGUUAGCGAAGAAAGUUGUCCUUGACCGUUAAAACUGAUGACGUCACAAAGGGUAGAAAGGACCUGGAUCUGCACGGGCGGUUACGGGCGGUUCAGGGGCGAAUGGGUUAAGAAUCAACCUAAAUGUAGAUUGAAAAAUUUUCACCUGAAAUCAAAUUUGAUUUGUAAUACCAUCACUGAGGGGGGCUGUAGAGAGUGUCCAUAUAAUUUAUGAGGUGUCUGUAUUAGGCAGGUCAUGUUCGUUACUGGUAACACAGGAAAAAAUAAUGGAUUCCCAUUUUUGGAUAUUUUAGGGUAUUUAAAGAAUACCCAUAAAAUCCCAAAUUUGCCAAAGUGAGACAAGUCCCAACCAGGGAACUCCCGACCAAGUUCCCUGGUUGGGACUUGUCUCACUCUUCCAAAUUUGGAAUUUUUGUGGGUAUUCUUUAAAUACCCUAAAAUAUCCGAAAAUGGUCGAGAAUAUACCUUUUAUUUGAACACAAUACUAAAAAAAAAAAGAAACAGAACAUUAGCAUCGUGAAAAUCAAACACUUCUUCUAGCCUUCACAAAGUUGUCAUUGCAUGGAAACACCCAAAAGUAGCUUUAUUUGUACAUUACCAGUCAAUAUCGUUCUCUGCAUACAGUAACUUGCUUUGAUGCCAAAGUACAUGUAGUAUGAAAAUUGACAUCUACAAUUCAUCCUAUCUGGUAUAUUGUAUCACUAAUAACAUCAACACGCUGACACCUGAAGUUUUUACCUUCAGAAACGAAAGGCCUAUUGCAGUGCACAAUUAACAAUGAAGUGUCUGCAUAAGCACGGUUCACCCUCUAUGAAUCUGUUGAUUGGGCAACAAAAAAGGGUCCAUUUUUAACAUUAAUGGGUGUCCAUAUUCAGGUGAUAUUUUGUCACUUUCUCUCACAGUCAGAUUUUUUUCGUCAGCCUUUAAACCCUAAUAUACACAAUGUGUCAGAAUUCAAUUUCUCAUGUGUCACCCUAAAACAUUUCCUACAGUUCACAAAGAACAUUUUUUUAGUGGGGAAAAAAUGAAAUAGAAGUAUCAAUAAACUUUAUUUCUGUGGCCAUGUCCUCAUGAAAUUCUUAUCACCACUCUGUUUUAUAAAACCUUGACAUAGUAAGGAGAAAUUUUAAUGUUGAUUACUCUUGGGUUAAUCAGUGUUGCACCUUACUGUAAACUAACCUCCUUGGUCAUUCAAUUCUGGCCUGUUCAGAAGUAAUUUUGGCUGGUGAAAUUUUACAUGCACUCUACCACAAACUGCUAGUUGAUAGUAGUAGUACAUGUAUAGUAAUUUGGAAAGUUAGUUCUGAAUAUUGAAAAUACAUGUAGCUAACAUCACCAUUAUCAUCUCAAUGUGCCACAGUUUAAGAAUGCAUGAAGAGCGCCAAACAAAAACAAAGGACAGCCAAAAUGUGCCAGAAGGAGCUGUGCCUGCAUAUUUGUUGGAUCGAGAGGGACAGUCCCGGGCUAAAGUGCUCAGCAAUAUGGUUAAACAGAAGAGAAAAGAAAAAGCUGUAAGUACUGUACACUGUAUUUAAAAAAACAGUUACAAGUCAAGUUAAAUAUGUAUUGCUUAGGCCCGGUUCAGAUGCCGCUCCACUCAUGUGCUGAACCUAAUUGAAUAAGGUCCAACUUUGGAGCGACAUUGGCACGGCAACUGAUUCAGAUGGCCUACCUUGUGUGGAUCCUAACCUUUAUUUCAUGUAUGGAGAAAGAGGAAGGCCUGGGUCUUCUUGCUUCUGUAGAUCUCUAUUUUUGCCAGUUUCAUUUGAAUCAUUACGUUCAACCUUUUCGUGCUCUUCCAUGGAUAACUUCUCAGAAACAUGGCUCACAAUAUGCGACUGAACUGCCCACUCCAGCCCUAAACAGUUUCAUCAUUCUCAAAGACAGAACAAGGCAUACAAUAGUAUUCCUGGCAUCGUAAAUAGUUAUAUUUUGUAUUCGUAAAGCAAGAAGAGCAGGAUUGUUCUUCUUUACCUGCCCUUUCAGUACUCCAAGCACAAUGCUUUUCAAAGUCACCUUUUGGCGACCUAAAAUUAUAAAAUGGUUGCCAGACAUAAAAUAUUGGUCGCCAUUGAAAACAACAUGCAUGGUGUAAUUUUACAUGAGUGGUUAUACUGAAGACCACGUUGAUUACCAGUACUUCAUUUUUACGUGUUUCACAUGAAGCUGUCUGACUAUGUCUAUCCUCAAGUAAGCUGCUAAAGUAUAUUUUUGAAACAGUUUCUUGCCAUAGAAUGAAAUAGCAAUUCAUAUUUUUGCCAAGUUUCAGUAGCUUUUUCUGCAGCAAAUGGACCUCUAGCAGCAAAAAGAACCUUCAAAUUUCUCAAAACAUUGUCUACCUGGCAUAUCAUUGUAAACUCUAUUGAAUGAUGAAAUAAAAGAAAUGCUGUACUUUUACUUUAAUGUGGUGCCUAUUACCGGUAAUUUGAGACACAUGUAAACCCAUUUAGUGCAGUACCCUGUAUGGCACGAAAUGUUUGUCUGAUCUCGAUGACAGCUACUAAAAAAACUCAAAUCUACAAUAAUGCAGUUUCCAGUGUUACUUUAAUAUUUGAGUAUGGUACAUGUACACUUUACAUGUAGGAUGAAAGCUUGAAACUCUGAUAAUUUUACUUAAUUCACAAAGCCUGGAUGUUGCCUGUAAGAACAGACACAUUUUACCAACUUUGUUUUUCACAAGAGCGCAUACAAUGAAUACUUUUUCUCACAGGAAAUCUGUUUUCAAGUAAUACUUAUUUGUCAAACAAAUUUUUAACCUUGUGAUUUGAUUAUAGCCCUUGAUUCUCAUUGCUUUUAACUUGCUUGACAACUGAAGUGCCAUUGCAAAACCCAGAGAACAAUAAUUAAAAACAGUUUCUUUGAACAAGAUACAAGAUACCCCCAUUUUUGUUGUCAUCUGCCCAGUUCCCACUUGUCUUAUCAAAAUGGCUGCACCAACUUCCUUGCCUACAGUGUACAUCACAAAUUUCACCAGGUUGAAAAGAUAAAUAUUGUCUUCAAUACAGAGCAUAAAAUAAUAUUUUUUGUAAAUGUUUAUCUCAAUUUAACUUAAGAAAGACCAUGGAAACUACAUUGUAGCUAAAAGGAAUUUUGUACACCUUGGCACAUGACCACCGAACACAGGUCGCCAAAUCGGUGACGUUCGCUGCACGUUUAGUCACCAAUUUUUUUCACUUGCCAUGGCGACCAAAAUGGUAGCAAGGAUGGAGUACCAUAUUUUCCUCAAUUUAGCAUUCUACAUAUGGCAACUAUGUAAAAAUGACAAGAUUGUGGGAAAAAUUAUAAGUUUAAUGAUUGCACAAUGUUUGCACAAUGAUGAAUCACUUGCCACUCCAAUGUCGAAUAAUGUGUUAGACUCUGUCAAGUUUGGCAGUUUUACCACACCAAGAUGCAAGUUACCAAAUUGAUUGAGAUGCCACGCUUUUGCCGUACUUAAUUCAUCAGGUAGGUUAGGCACAUGAGUGGAGUAGCAUCAUUUUGUACUGUAAUCAAGCUUUCUUUAUCUUUUUCUUUCUUGCACAAUAGACUACAGUUACUACUGAAUUAUAUAAAGCUAGACUUUUGGGAAUUAAUUAUGCUUUUUGACAGCUGCAUUUCACUAAGUUAAAAAAAUUGUACUGAUUUUUUUCUUUUUUUUUUUUUUUUUGUUAGGGAAAAUGGGAUGUCCCUCUUCCUAAAGUAAAAGCUGUAGGAGAAGAUGAGGUUUUCAAAGUUAUAAAAACUGGAAAGUCUAAAAGUAAAUUUCAAUCCAUUUAUCAUUUUUACUAUUGUUAUUAUUAUUAUUAUUAUUAUUAUUUUGCUUUUUUAAUGUGGAUUAUUUUAUUAGUUUAAUUAAUCACACCUCAAUUAUUAUAAAUAAUUAUUUUUAAAGUAAUUGAAGCAACUCAUCUCUUUCUUUUUCCCACUAAAUCCCUUAAAAUGAUAACCUUCUUUGAACUGGGACCAUAUUACUCCGGUAGAUAACUUUGUAUUGGAUACAGGCAAGUACUGACUCUUGCUAUUACAGUAGCAUUGAUUUAUGACAAAAUUAACCUUUCAGACCUGAGGGUUUAGAUACUUUACAAGUCAAAACCUUAUGAUUGGAAUAAUUAUUGUGGUUUUUAUCCCACAAAUACAAACUGUAAGGCCAGGGCCAGGUUGUUCAAAACUGAGUUAAGAUAAGUCAGGGUUAGUGCGAAAUUUGAAUUCAAAUGUGAAAGCUUGUAAAGUAAAUUUAGUUUAAUUCUUUUUGGCAACAAGUUGAUGUUUCAAUGCUCUAUGAAUAUCAGAGAAAAUUGUCCAAGAAAAUGCUUUUGAACAAAAGAAAAUGAAACCGGGGUUAAAUUUAACCCUGGGUUGUUGGACCCUGGUCCAGUUUGCAGACAUAUUUCUUGUAAAAACUAGCUGAAUUUCUGUCCAUUUCUACAGCAUAAAAAGAAGACUCUUUACCAAACAAGCCCCUGGCCACUUUACAACCACAAUGCUCAAAAAAUACCCCUUAAAUUCCAGUGCCUCCUUUGGGCAAGCAUCUCUUGUGUUUUGCUAGCCUGGGGCAACUACUUGCUUGUCUUAGGUAACGAUUUAGUUGGAGGAUGACCCAAUGCAAGUGAGCUUUAACAGUUACUUGUAUUUGCCCAGCAGAAAAACUAGUCACACAAACGAUUGAACAUUACCUUUUUUCAAAUCCUGAACUAAAGGCCAACCCUUUACUGUGCUUUUCAGAAACACAAAUUUUGAAGUUCAAAAGCCAACUGACGUUUGCAUUUUUUGCUACUAUCAAUCUUCUUAGUGGACCUCUUAGGAAACAGAGCUUUACUGUAACUGGUUCAAAAAGUCAUAGUUUGUGAUUUGUGAUUGGUGGAUUUCAUCCGUUUGUUGUAUUUCUGUGUUUCAAGGUUCAUUGCUUGUGAUCCUUAUAUGAUUGACCGCAGCAAAAAGUGCAAGUGUGAAGGUAGCUUUUGAACUUCAGAGUUUGCAUGUUUUUGAAAAGCGCAGUAAACCCCAAUAUCCACUGUGUGGGUGCAUUUCCUUGAAACAAAUAUUAAUUUGUUGAAAGAAUUUGAUAAAAGAUCAAAGCCAUUCCCUUUGGUGAUCAUUUUAAAAAUUCAUUUAACUUUGUCUCUUGGUGAUGUACGAAUAUUGUUGGGACAAAAUUGAUGUAGGUUGUGAAACUGAUGAUAUAACUGUAUUAUCCUAGAAAAAGCGUGGAAAAGGAUGGUCACCAAAGUUUGUUAUGUUGGUGAAGGUUUUACAAGAAAACCACCCAAAUAUGAAAGGUUCAUCAGGCCAAUGGUAAGCAACAUUCUGAAUUACAAAUAAUAUUGUUAAAUGGAGGUUAGCCCAAAGUGACAAUUAACUAAGUUUGACUUUGAAAUUACCAUAUUUUUUUGGUUUCUUCUGGCCUUCCUAAUUUCCUAAUAUCCUAAUUAACCCCUUCACCCCUGAAAAUCUUUUGCUAAAAUAAUACACCAUCAGACUGGCCACAUGUAGUCAAGUCAUUUUCUGAUCAUCUGGCCAAAAAGACUAAAACUGCCCAAAACCUUGUUUACCAAUCAAGCUCUGCACUGUCUAAUGUUCUAACAAAUAGCUUCUGAAGUUCAUGUGUGGACAGGAGGAAAAAUUGAUUGUUUUGGGGUUCAAAAGUGAUCCCUUGACUUUUAAACAAGCUUCCAGUGAUAAUGCCAUUAGUCUGAAGGAAGUGCAGAUGGGUAGUGGAACAAGAUUUUCAUGAAAAUUUUCAAAUCAACUUUUCAUGUUUUUUCACAUUUUUCUGUGGCCCGUUGGGGUAUUGUUUGAAGGAUCUCUCCCCCCCCCCCUGCACAAGUUGUCAGUCAGCAACAUUGCCUAUGAACAUUAAAACUUUUUAUCUUACAUCUGUUACAAGGUGUGGCUGGGUUAGAAUCACUGUACUAACAAACUUUUUUGUAGCCUGUGAGGGGAGGGGGUGUCUGUACACAGGCUAACGAUUUUGCGAUAAUCUUUUUUCCUGCCAAUAGGCCAUUUUCAUGAUGACAGCAUUUGACUACAACUUCCAGAAUUCAUUUCGUUCUUGCUUUGUUAUUUAAAUUUUUCAAUCCCGCUGGGCUUUUAAAACAAUAGCCUUAACUGGCACGAUAAAACAAAAAACUGAAGGAUUCUGGUAGCUGUAGUAAAAUGACGUUGAUGUGCAAUUGUCCUAUUUCAAGUUGCACAGAAUUAAAUGUGGUUAGUCGUCAUCCAAAAUAACAGUUCAUGAUACUGAACUUUACAAUCUUUUGAGCAAAACAUUUGUCAGUAGUGGAUGAACUUUAAAGAGUUUCAAACAACUGUGAUCUUUCUACAUGUAUGUGGUGAUAAGAAAAAAUCACGUCCUUUAAUCACUGUAUGUUUUCUGUUUAUUUGUUUCAGGGUCUACGUUUCAAAAAGGCACAUGUAACACACCCUGAAGUAAGAGUUCCUUGGUGAUUCAACUUGUUCCCAACGUUCUUUCUUCCUCAUCCUGGCAGUGAGUAGGAGAGAACCCUGGGAACAAAGCUGUGGGUGAUUCUGUUCUGUUACCUCAAAUUUAAUUUGCUAAUGACUGUAAAAUUGAUGUUUGUGGCAGAGUACCACAAAAAAAAAAAAAACAAGGAAAGCAGUUAUUGUAAAUUGUCUUGACUCGUCAUUCUUGGUUCAAUUUUGCUUCUUCCUUGGUCUAACCUUUCAAAGUCCCUAGAGUAACUAAGGUCAACUACUUUGAUUCUUUAAAAAAUUUUCUCCACUAAUUCUUUAAAAAAUAUAUGAAAGAAUUUGAAGAAUUGAAGAAUUUCUACUGUGGAUAUUAGAGCUUAAAGGGUCAUUACUUACUAUCAUCAUGACUGCACAGGAUUAGCUCGGUCGGCAGAGCUCUUAGCUGCAGAGCGGGAGGUCGCAGGUUCGAUUUUGGGGGCCGGACCAAUACUCAGGGUCUUAAAAUAACUGAGAAAUGAAGGUACUCCCUUUACACUGUCCGUCUCCACGUCCGUCUCCAGUAGGAGACGUAAAAAUAGUGUCCUGGCCCAAUUGGUACUUUCAUACGAAAUACAUUGGCACUCAAAUAAAGUGCACUUACUUACUUAUAAAGUGCACCAUACACGAUGCAAAGGAGCAUAAGAAUUGUAGCAACAGUUAUGCAAUGUUAGGAUAAAAUUGAACCUUCUCUGCCGCUUGAGUUGUGGAUUUUGUUUGAUGUUUGUGGGUGAAAUGUUUUCUGUUCGCUAGUGACUGAUUUUUAUUUGCUUGUGUGAUCUUCUUCAGUUAAAAGCAACUUUCUGUCUUCCCUUGAUUGGUGUAAAAAAGAACCCACAGUCGCCAAUGUACACGCAACUAGGAGUUAUUACGAAAGGAACAGUCAUUGAGGUAAGCUGUAAAAUGCUGUUUGUUUAUUAGUUGGGUGAAAAAUUGUGUUCAGUUAUGAAAGGGAGUCCUUCACGGUGGUUACCACUAACACGCACUCUCAAAGUGUUUUUUCUUCAGUUCAAACUUGCGGUUUGGUGGACGUCAAUCAACCGUUACCAUAGUUUUCACUCGUUGGCCUAGAGAAGAUUUUUUCCCCUUUUCUCGAAUUCUCGAAGGAACAUUUCGGCUGUGAAGCCGUUUUUGUAAUAUUUUGCUUAAGGACCUGACACUACUUCAUGUCAAGAUCACGAGGAGUACAAAUUUGCACUAUAAGUUACAGCGACAUAAACUUUCUCAUGACACGCUCACAACUCGUCUGAGUUCUUGCUAGUAGUGGAUAAGCUUGGAUUCUAUUCGAUAAGAUGCGGAGUGAUAAGAAGAUCUGCAGGUUGUAAAAUUUAUUUUCGGAAAGAGCCUCCAUUCAGAGGAAACUUUUUUCCCUUGUCGGUGUGAUAUUUUUCGUUCCUUUGAAUUUGUCCUCCUUGGCAAUUCGUUCACGGCUCCCGUGUUUUCGUGCAAUCGAAUAAAUAAACCGCCUUAAAACCUUUACGUAAACUAUAAAGAGUGUUUCGGCUAUUUCACUCAGCUCGCCGAGACCUCAUUGUUUUAACAGCGUAAUCCUUCAUAAUGAAAUAAUUAAAAACGCUGUCGUCAUACGCCAGUUCCACAUUUCCCAUAAUGCACCUUAUAAAUUUUGGGGGGCUAAUGAGAUACAUUGGGGAAAUAUGAAAGUGGCGUAUUGAAAGUUAUUCUUGUAAGUCUAGGCCCUUCAUUCAGCGAUGAGGGAACCUUCUCUGUCAGAGCGCGUGAGAAAACCAAGAGAAAAAGAGAAGAAGAAAAAUUCCCAUCGAGGGCGCGUGUUAGUGGUAACUGCUGUAAAUUGGAAUUAUGAAACUGGGCAAUAUUUUUUUUGCCGGCAGCUCUGUAGGUGUGCAUGAAGGUGGCAUGCAUCCCACAAGUGGGUGCUGGGAUAGAUUUUAACAUCUUGUUGCUUUUUUUGGCUCAGGUUAAUGUAAGCGAGUUGGGCUUAGUAACACAAGGUGGCAAGGUUGUAUGGGGUAGGUAUGGUUUUAUUGUCUGUCUCGUCAGUAGCCUGUUCGAGGCCGAGAAUUUAGUUAGAGGAGAGUAGUACUCAGUUGUUCUUUGCCACUUUUUCUGAACCUACCUCUGCUGGCAAGGUACCUUGCACCAUAUAUAAUAUCUGAAUUUCUGAAACAGUCUGCUUCAUCGUCAAAAUAGUCACCUUUACCUUGACCCAUUCGUCCCUUAACUCGGUCGCUUUUACCGUUUGUGACGUCCAUCAGUUUUAACGGCCAAAGACCUCUUUUCUGCUAACUUGUGCAGGGCGAGGAGAUCUUUCAAAGCACGAUUCGGUCAGGGAAGCCGGAGAAAAAGGCAGAAAAAAAAGCAUGUAACGUUAACCCGAAAAUUCCUGUAAUAUCUUGUUCCACCUUUUCCUUUCAUCUAAUCAUAAGAUCCUAAAAGCUUUCCAAAAAGGUUUGAUUUCCCACCUAAAUGAAACCUAUACUAAAUGCCUAGCAAGGCCAAAGAAAGAAAAAUUGAGGCAAUAAAAGUGAAAGAAGAGGGAAGGAGAGAAAGUGUUUUUUUUUUUGCUUUCUGUGCAUGCCCGAAGUUCGCAAGCUAAUAUUUUGCAUCUGGAUCAGAAAGCCGCGAAGUGUGGUAGGUUUUAGCCCUUUAUAGACAGAGAAUGACCAGAAAAAAUCUCGAAAGGCCUAAAAACGGCGAAAUUCUUUGUACCAAAUUGGUUAAAUGUCAACGUGGAAAUUGUGUAUUAUGUUCGUGAAACUCCACAGAGACUUGCAAAUUUCGUUUGUAAAGUCGUAAGAACUAAAAAGUGCCAAAAGGUUUUAUUUGAAUGCUAACUCCUUGGAAUUCGUUGAGAGAUUUAAUAAUUAGGAUAAUUUAUCAUCCUACCACAAGAAUGUUUAGGAGAAAAAGGGAUAGUACUGCUCUCUAUAGAUUUCUUACAUGUAUGUCUCAAAAAAGGUUUCAAUAAUAGAGCGAUUUUCGUAUGACCUUGAAGUGAAAACGCGUGAACAAAACAGAAACAGGGCGAUUUGAACGGAUACAAACGGGCAUGGCUUUUGUUUGGUUAAGCGAACGCUCAGAUGAGAAAACUUUAUUCCCGAAAACUUUCUAGAAAUCAACCGAUACUUCGCUUUGACGUCAUACUGCAACACGAUUGGCCAAUCGAACAAUGCCUUCUCUCCAUUAGGGUUUUCUUUGGCGAGAAAACUAAGAGGCCAUGUUUUGAUCUUUUCAUCCAUUGGCUGAUAAAACAAAUAACGAACACUUAUCGAAACCACUUUUCAAGGUCAUACGAAAAUCCCUCUAAGUACCGUAGUCACCAUUGGCGUUUUCCAGGCGUUCGGAUUUGGAGUGCGACGCGAAGUAAAAGAGCGGGGAAAAAAAAUAAGGAGGAACCUAAACCCCUAACCCACCCCUCGCCUUUUUUCUCUUCUUUCAUCUCUUUGCACCGUCCCAACGAUCCGAAGCUAGUAUCUUUAUUAUACGUAUUUCCCAUGAUAACAGGGGCACCCAACGACCGAAUGUUUCCAGGUACGUUAGAAGUGUCUGGUGAUUUUCUCUAUGCCUUUUUUGUUAAUUUGGAGCUGCCCUAAAAACUGUUUGUCUCUUUGGAUGUCUUUGGGGGACUACCGUCGUGUAGAGACAUUAAAGUGGCUUUUUCGUCACAUUCGAAGCUGUUAGCUACCCCGAUGAAUCGGGUGGAAAGCGGUUCGAGGGCUGGCCUGAAUUCAGAUGAUUACUUCGUGUCGUUUCAAUUACUCCCUCGGAUCAGUUAAGUUUUCUGGGAAACUGCCCACCUACCCCUCCCCCAGCCAUCAUUUUGCCCUAAGUGAGAAGUAAGUGCUAAUGUUAGCUUAGGGGAGGGGUAGGUGGGCAGUUUCCUAGAAACCUAAAUUGCACUCCCUCAGUAAGGGAGUAAAAACUACUCGAAGUAAUCCCCUAAAAUUCAGGCUAUUCGAGGGCAUGGAGUAGCCGUACUUUCAAUGGAAGAUUCGAGGGGACGCUUUGUCUUUAAACAGGAAUUUUCAGGGGACCUUUUCGAACAAUUGGUUAUAAAAUUUGAAAACACAGCCUCCAAAACUCGUAAGUUAGUAGAAAAACUCCCGGUCUCUUAGACAAAUAGAACGGUUAUCUAAAAAUUUUUAGCCUUUCCUGAGCUUGAGAAAUUCCUAGGCGAUAUUUGUUUCUUCGCCAGAACAGUUAUUAUUGUUGAAUGCCCCUACGAUAACCAUCUAAACACAACUCUUAUGUUUGUUAAUUUUCUCCUUUGCAAGUUACUUCCGUUGCACUAUUCGUUAUUUUAACAAAGCGUUGUUUGUUUGUUAUUUCAGGAAAAUAUGCGCAGGUUACGAACAAUCCAGAAAAUGAUGGCUGUAUUAAUGCUGUUCUACUUGUGUAA